UUUGUUGCCGCGACUCGGGCGCCAUGCGGGAGAUCGUGCACAUCCAGGCUGGCCAGUGCGGGAACCAGAUCGGGGCCAAGUUCUGGGAAGUCAUCAGUGAUGAGCAUGGCAUUGACCCAACUGGCAGCUACCAUGGAGACAGUGACUUGCAGUUAGAAAGGAUCAAUGUUUACUACAAUGAAGCUGCUGGUAAUAAAUAUGUGCCCCGUGCAAUCCUUGUUGAUUUGGAGCCUGGUACAAUGGACUCUGUCAGAUCUGGACCCUUUGGUCAGAUCUUCAGACCUGACAACUUCGUUUUUGGUCAGAGUGGUGCUGGAAACAACUGGGCAAAAGGCCACUACACAGAGGGAGCUGAGCUAGUGGACUCUGUCCUGGAUGUGGUAAGAAAGGAAUCGGAAAGCUGUGACUGUCUACAGGGUUUCCAGCUGACCCAUUCUCUAGGUGGUGGCACAGGGUCUGGGAUGGGAACUCUCCUCAUCAGCAAAAUUAGAGAGGAGUACCCAGACAGAAUCAUGAACACCUUCAGUGUAAUGCCAUCUCCAAAGGUGUCAGACACAGUGGUUGAACCCUACAAUGCCACCCUUUCUGUCCACCAGUUGGUGGAGAAUACGGAUGAAACCUACUGUAUUGACAAUGAAGCCUUGUAUGACAUUUGCUUCCGCACGCUGAAACUCACAACCCCUACCUACGGGGACCUCAACCACUUGGUCUCCGCCACCAUGAGUGGCGUGACCACCUGUCUCCGGUUCCCCGGACAGCUGAAUGCCGAUCUCCGCAAGCUGGCAGUCAAUAUGGUGCCUUUCCCUCGACUGCACUUCUUCAUGCCAGGGUUUGCCCCGCUAACUAGCCGGGGCAGCCAGCAGUACCGUGCCCUGACGGUGCCAGAGCUGACGCAGCAGAUGUUCGAUUCUAAAAACAUGAUGGCAGCCUGCGAUCCCCGCCAUGGCCGCUACCUGACUGUGGCGGCGAUAUUCCGUGGCCGAAUGUCCAUGAAGGAGGUGGACGAGCAGAUGCUCAAUGUCCAGAACAAAAACAGCAGCUACUUUGUGGAAUGGAUCCCCAACAAUGUCAAGACGGCUGUCUGUGACAUCCCCCCUCGUGGCCUCAAAAUGUCCGCCACUUUCAUUGGGAACAGCACAGCCAUUCAGGAGCUGUUCAAGAGAAUCUCUGAGCAGUUCACUGCCAUGUUCCGGCGUAAGGCUUUCUUGCACUGGUACACUGGCGAGGGCAUGGAUGAGAUGGAGUUCACUGAAGCAGAGAGCAACAUGAAUGACCUGGUCUCAGAAUACCAGCAAUACCAAGAUGCCACUGCUGAUGAGCAAGGAGAAUUUGAAGAGGAAGGAGAGGAGGAUGAGGCAUAAGGCAGUUGGUACUAGAAAAACUCUUUUAAAGCAGGCAUGUAGUCAGAAUGAAUUCUGACAGUGGUGAUAAAGCAUGUUCUUCAUUGCAGUGUACUGGAUUAUCUGUUAAAUUUUGUAACCUUAACAAAAAUCUCUAUGUAAUAAUUGUGAAGUCAAGUUUAUUGAUGACUUUGAUUUAAGUUUUUAAAACGCAUAAAGGCAUGUGUUCCAAAUA